CAACAUUGUAAUUUACCAUUUCUUCCAAAAAUACAUCAAGUAUGGCAUUAAUGUUGGUAGACUAUAUCCAACUCUUCUUCCUCUGGCUACUCUCAACCAUUGCAAUUCUAGCCAUACUAACUAGAAAGAAGAACAAGAACCAUCUUACUCCACCUAGCCCUCCAACACUACCUAUCAUUGGACACCUUCACCUUAUUUCUAAGUUACCUCACCAAAGUUUUCACAAACUCUCAACAAAAUAUGGUCCUAUAAUGCAAAUUUUCUUAGGUUCUAAGCUAUGUGUAGUAACUUCAAGUCCAGAAAUAGCAAAGGAGUUUCUAAAAGUCAAUGAAACGUAUUUCUCCAACCGAAUUAUAAGUGCUGCAGUUGAAUAUUUAUCAUAUGGCUUAAAGGGUUUCUUGUUUGCACCUUAUGGUGACUAUUGGAAAUUCUUGAAGAAGAUGUGCAUGUCAGAGCUUCUUGGUGGAAAAACUCUUGAUCAACUCCGUCCCUUGAGGCAACAAGAGACUUCGAGGUUUCUAAUGCGUUUGCAAAAGAAAGGGGAAGCUCGCGAGGUCGUUGACGUUGGUGAUGAGCUCUUGACUCUUACCAAUAACAUCAUAACAAGGAUGAUAAUGAGAAAAACUUGUUCUGAGAAUGAUGGUGAUGUUGAAGAAAUCAGGAAGAUGGUGAAAGAUAGUGCAGAACUUGCAGGGAAGUUUAAUGUGUCUGAUUUUAUUUGGUUUUGUAAAAAUUUGGAUUUUCAGGGAAUGAAUAAAAGGCUUAAAGGGAUUAUGGAAAGGUUUGACACAAUGAUGGAGAAGGUGAUAAAAGAGCAUCAAGAUGAAAAGAAGAAAAGGAAGGAAAAGGGUGAAGGUGUUGCUCAUGUUAAGGAUCUACUUGAUAUUUUGUUGGAAAUACCUGAAGAUGAAAACACAGAAAUCAAAUUAACUAGAGAGAAUGUCAAGGCUUUCAUCAUGGAUAUAUUUAUGGCGGGAACACACACAGCUGCUCUAACGAUGGAAUGGGCUUUGGCUGAGUUAAUAAACAAUCCAGAUGUAAUGGACAAAGCUAGACAAGAGAUUGAUUCAGUAAUGUUAGAUAUGAAUAGAUUAAUAGAAGAAUCAGAUAUUCCCAAUCUUCCAUACUUGCAAGCAAUUGUCAAAGAAACACUAAGAAUUCACCCUACAGCACCAAUGUUAGGUAGACAAUCAUCUGAAAAUUGUCUUGUAAAUGGUUAUGAGAUUCCAGCAAACACCAAUUUGUUUGUUAAUUUAUGGUCUAUGGGUAGGGACCCUAAACUUUGGGAAAACCCACUUGAGUUUAGGCCAGAGAGGUUUUUGAAUGAAGAUAACAAGUUUGAUGUAAGGGGACAAAAUUUCCAAUUUAUGCCAUUUGGAACUGGAAGAAGGGCUUGUCCAGGUGCUUCAUUAGCACUUCAAGUUGUUCCCACAAAUCUUGCUAACAUGAUUCAUUGUUUUGUAUGGAAGGUUGAUGGUGAUGGAACAGUUAACAUGGAAGAGAAAGCAGCUAUGACCCUUCCAAGGGCUCAUCCUUUGAUGUGUAUUCCUAUACCCCGUUUUAAUAGCAUUCCUUCUAGUGUAUAUUGACCACAUGUUGAUAAUGAUACAAGAAUAUUUAUAGGGUCCUUAACAAUAAGAGAAUAAUGACUCAUGUAGUUUAUUUUUGUAAGGGCCUUUUAGGUAUAUUAUAUUAGUUAGUAAGUACGCAUUAUAUUGUGUUAUUUUAUUAUGAGUAUUCACAUCUUUAUAUAAGUAUAUUGUAUUGCCUUAUGAUUGAAAUAAAUGAAAAAUAUAAUCAUCUCUGUGAAUCAAAAA